GGAUCUUUUAUUGGUGACGUCAGUGAGGUCGUUGACUUUCUACGGCGCUUGAUUGGCCAGUGCAUCGAUAAUUCAGUCAACCAGCCUGGCUUUCUCCCGAGUACAGGACCAGCCUCUGUUACAUCUCCACCGCCUCGUCCAGCCGUAGCUUCUCCUCAUUUGGCUCCACUCUAUCGCAGCCUUAAUCGCGCAGUGCUUUAUCAACUUUCAAGACCUAUCCUCACACGCACUGACCAACUUCAGCUGAUUGACAUGCUAAAUCAGUUGUCUGAGCCUUUGAUGACCAGCUCUGGCAUGGAUUCAGAGGCCUACAGAGGCGUAGUCAGUGGUAACAUCAACACUGGUAGUUGUGGUUCGGAUCUUGGGUCCGAUUCUGACUUUGAUUCUAUUGACAAGGAUCCUGCCGACCGGGAAUUCGGCUAUCCGUACCGGCCGCACUCCAGCUACCGAUUGUCGACUUUGCUCGGCUGUAGUAGGCAAAUGUCGCCUUGGCCUGGCACUUCUGGAUCCGAACUCGGCGACCCGAUGGCCCGCUCGGAGACUGGCUCCGUUCUGCUCUGCCAACAAAACGCGGACCCCAUCUUCCCGGCUUGUCUGGUGCACAAUCUGAUGCAGCUAGUCCGGACAGAACAGACGCACGGCGCAGCGGCGGCAGCCGCUUCCAUCGCUGCUGCUGGGACAACGAAGCCGAAGGCCGCCGAGUCAGGAAGGGGCUCAUCUCGUAGCUGGGCUCCUAUGGACGUAGACCGCGAUUCCGACCUGAUCACAACCGAGGCCGAGGCCGGUGUCAGUGGCCUGCUGAAAACGGCGAUGCGGCAGACAGCCGAUUAUUAUCGGACUACUUUUGGCCUUGAAGACGAACUGGCCCCCUCGCCUCCGGGUGGCCAGGCAACGGAAGAAGGCUCGCUCUGCAAUUCCUCAUCCUCGACUUCUGCGCUCACCAACACUCUGUCCGUGGCGAUGACGGCGGGGGCGGAUACGUUGGUCGCAAAUAUGCCUCGAGACAACGACUCUAGGGUCCAGGCUGCCGAGGAGGGCAAUGUGUCGGAUCAGGCAACUAUCGUUGGCUUCCAGGAUAUCGCAAAGGCCGCCAUCCGCCUGUGGCGUGACUGUUAUCUCGCGAAAAAGGAGGUGCGUCAUAAUUUCGUGAUGGCUCAAAAGGUUCCUCUUCUAUCCGACCUCCUCGCGGCUUCGAUCUUGUCUAACCUUCAGCCCGAUAUGACCCAAACCACCUGUCAUCAUUCAGACGUCAGAACUUCAUAUCAGUCAAAUAGUCUUUUGAAAUGCAACCACAAUUCGGAAUACUAG